AUGAUCGAUCACUCCAACGGGACCAAUGGGUCUACGAAUCACGUUGACCAAGACGAUGUGACCCAAUCAAACGGGGCCACAAGCACGGCAAACACUCACACGAAUGGCACGAACGGUGUGAAUGGGGUCAAUGGUCUCUACACAAAUGGUCACAGUGUCAACGACUCGAACGGCACCCCAAGGCCCUUCCAGCCCGUUGCCAUCUGCGGCAUGGCAUGUCGAUUACCCGGAGGCAUCCACUCACCCUCGGAGCUGUGGUCUUUUCUCCACGCCGGCCGGGACGCUCGCGGUCCUGUGCCGUCCUCUCGCUACAACAUCUCGGCCUACCAUUCACCGGAUAAGAAGCCCGGCAGCGUCAUUGCCCGGCAGGGGUACUUUCUCGAUUCUACCAACGACCUAGCCGCGCUGGAUACGUCCUUCUUCUCCAUGCCCCGCAGCGAAGUCGAGACGCUUGACCCCCAGCAGCGCUUACUUCUCGAGGUCGCCCGGGAGGCCCUCGAUGAUUCGGGCGAGACGGGCUGGAAGGAGGCCCAUGGCAUCUACGGAGUCCUGGGCCCACACGACUUCAUGGUCUCUAACCGCCUCUCCCACGAGCUAGACCUGCACGGCCCUAGUGUGACGGUGCGGACAGCGUGCUCUGCUUCUCUCAUCGGCAUCAAGGAGGCAUGCAUGGCCAUGGUGCGGGGCGACUGCACAUCCGCCAUUGUUGGUGGCUCCAACAUCAUCAUGGCCCCGUCCUUGACCGCCGUAAAGUCGGAGCAAGGCGUUCUUAGCCCCGAUGGCUCCUGCAACACCUUUUCCGCCAAGCCCUUGGCGGACGCGAUUCGGGACGGCAACCCUGUCCGCGCCGUCGUGACCGGCACGGCGGCCAACCACAACGGCCACUCACCAAACGUUUCACAACCCAGCUUCUUCGAGUGCCACGGUACGGGGACAAGAAAGGGUGACCCCAUUGAAACGGCGGCCGUGUCUGCAUGCUUCGGCAAAGCCGGUGUGCAUAUUGGCUCGGUCAAGGCCAAUCUCGGCCACGCAGAAGGCGCGGCUGGCCUUGUGAGCGUUCUCAAGGCCGUCCUUGCUUUGGGGAACCGCACGAUUCCCCCGAACAUUAAGUCCCUUCCACGCAACCCUGCUAUCUCAUUCGAGGACGCGAAUCUCAUCGUUCCUACUGAACCAACACCAUGGCCUGAAGAUCGUGACGAGCGCGUUAGCAUCAAUAGCUUCGGUCUUGGUGGUUCUAAUGCCCACGCCAUCAUCGAGUCAGCCGCCAGUUUCAAUUCGACACGCAAGCCCGGGACCAGUCGAGCAGCGGCAAAUACAACUCAUCUGCUGCUCUUCUCUGCCAAUACCCCAGCAUCUCUUAAGGCUAUGGGCAAGAAGUACGAGGCUUUCCUGAACAAGACCCUAGAACUGCUGCCAGAUGUGGCAUACACCCUUGCGAAUAGGCGGGAGCAUCUGCCGCAUCGCGCAUUUGCCAACUAUGAAACGUCCCUGACGAUGGUCUUCACCGGCCAGGGCGCACAGUGGGCACGCAUGGGCUACGAGCUCCUCCGCUCCAAGACCAAUCCGAUCGCCUUGGUCGACAUAUACGCUUCCGUUGGCAUCCGCCCGGCCGCCGUGCUUGGCCACUCCAGCGGCGAGAUUGCUGCCGCAUACGCCGCGGGCGGCCUCAGCGCCCGCGAGGCCAUCAUUGUGGCUUUCCUACGUGGCCUGGCCACGACGCGGCAGAGUCGCAAGGGCGCCAUGGGAGCUUUGAGCAUGAGUUGGGAGGCUGCCGAGAAGCAUCUCGUCCCCGGUGUGGUGCUCGCCUGCGACAACGCGCCAAAAAGUGUGACAAUAUCUGGAGAUGCUGGUCCGGUAGAAGAAAUGGUCAAGAGGAUCAAGCAGUCGGGCUCUGGCGUCCUCACCACUGUGCUCAAGGUCGAGAAAGCCUAUCACUCGCCACAUAUGGCAGAAAUCGGGGGCGAAUACUACGCGAGCAUGACCGAUGCUGGCGUCGUGGGCAACGUGCACACUCUUCCGUUUUUCUCAAGCGUUUCAGGCGAGUUCUUUGCCCCUGCCGCGAAGAGUAGAUUUGGACCCAUAUACUGGCAGACCAACUUGGAACGCCCCGUGUUAUUCACGUUAGUCGUACGCUCCGCUAUUCAACAGCACGUUGGCCCCUCCAAGCAGGUUUUCCUGGAAGUUGGUCCUCAUGCGGCCCUGGCCGGACCCCUUCGUCAGAUUCUCACCCACAACUCCAGCAGUGCAUCAUACGUUUCGACUCUGUCCCGACGAAUUGACAGUGCCGAAAGCUGGCUGUCCGCUCUUGGUCAACUCUUUACCUAG